AUGUUCGUGUGCCUGGGAAAUCGGAGAGACCAUACCGGUAUAGAUAUCGCGGCGCUCGCUGGGCCCGGCGCAGGCUACUUCGCGUACUAUGACACAGAAAAGCCCGACACCAUCAUAAUGGCCAUCGACGACCUCGUCGAAUAUGUCCAGUCAGAAGAGCCCUUUGACGGCGUUCUGGCUUUCUCCCAUUCCCGCUCCCGUUCGGGUUUGGGAUUCUCAUCUGUGGCGGACCGCCAUUCUCAGAAAAGACAAUCAAAGGAAGAACAUCUUUUGCGGUACUGUGAGAAUGCACUUGACUGCGGAAGGAAACCGGUCAUAACGAUCCCCACGGUUCACCUGGUCGGGGCACAAGACAAGGGCCUUGCUGAAUGUAUGAAACCGGUGCACCUCUGCUGCGAGGAUAUCGGGGAACUCUUUGAGCACCCUGGUGGCCAUGAAAUCCCCAUAUCGCCAGUGGCUACCGAGAAGAUGGUUGCAACGAUCCAAAGAGGCAUCAAGAAGGCAUUGAGGGCACAGUGA